CUUGCCACUGUUAUACGUCAUCAACAAGCGACAAUCUAGAUUAAACUUGCGGCGCGAAAAGCGUCGAGCACUGUUUCUAUGGCUACGGCGAGGAACAGGCCAUACCUACGUUUAAAGAUAUUGAUGGUGUAGUAACUUUACUUAAUCGAUUGUUAUUAACUCUAAAGAUGACGCAGUCCGUAGUAGUUCAAGUUGGUCAGUGCGGGAAUCAGGUGGGCUGCCGCUUCUGGGACCUCGCGCUAAGAGAGCACUCUCACGUCAAUCAAAAGGGAGUUUAUGACGAGGCACUUAGCAGUUUCUUUAGAAACGAUGAUCCAAGGAGAGGACAUAGAGCAAACUGCAUAGGUGGCAGGAUCACCGGUCUGAAGGCCAGGGCAGUGCUAGUGGACAUGGAAGAAGGAGUCUUGGCAGAGAUUCUGCAGGGGCCGUUGCGGCAGCUUUUCAGCAGCACACAGCUCAUCAGCGAUGUCUCUGGUUCAGGAAAUAACUGGGCAGUCGGGCACCACACAUAUGGCUCAGCCUACAGAGAGCAGAUUGUGGAUCAGGUCCGCAGGGCUGCAGAACACUGCGAUUGCCUUCAGUGCUUCUUUCUCAUUCACUCCAUGGGAGGAGGGACUGGUUCGGGUUUAGGCACAUUUGUGUUAAAGCUUCUCGAAGAGGAGUUCCCAGAGGUCUAUCGGAUAGUGACCUCUGUGUACCCAACAGCAGAAGACGACGUCAUCACCUCUCCUUACAACUGCGUCCUGGCAAUGAAAGAACUCACCGAGCAUGCAGACUGCGUCCUGCCUGUUGAUAACCAAUCUUUGGUGGAUAUUGUUGGUAAGAUACAGCAUAUGUCCCACACUGGUAAACCAAGCUGUGUCAUCAAGAAGAACUGUACCAUCAUCUCUGGACAGGGAGGGGUGGUGAAGGUUGAGAAGCCUUUUGAUGCCAUGAACAACAUUGUUGCCAACCUACUUCUUAAUAUUACCAGUUCAGCACGAUUUGAGGGCUCUCUCAACAUGGACUUGAAUGAGAUAGCCAUGAACUUGGUACCAUUCCCACGGUUACAUUAUCUGGUGUCCAGUCUUACUCCUCUCUACACACUUGCAGAUGUUAAUGUUCCACCACGCAGGCUGGAUCAGAUGUUCUCAGAUGCAUUCAGUAAGGAACAUCAGCUGAUAAGAGCUGACCCUAAACACAACCUUUAUCUGGCUUGUGCUCUAAUGCUGCGUGGAAACGUUCAGCUGUCUGACCUGCGUAGGAACAUUGACCGUCUAAAGCCCACUCUGCCUUUUGUCCCAUGGAAUCAGGAGGGAUGGAAGACAAGCCUGUGUUCUGUCCCUCCUGUGGGUCACACACAUUCUCUAUUAGCAUUGGCCAACAACACUUGUGUCCAGUUUGCCUUCAGUCAGCUAAGGGAGCGUUUUGUGAAGCUCUACCGAAGAAAGGCUCACCUGCAUCACUAUUUAGCAGUGGAUGGCAUGGAGUCAGCUGGAUUUAGUGAAGCGCUGUCAUGUCUCUCAGAUCUUAUACAGGACUACACACACCUGGAAUGCCCACUCAUGCCAAACGCCCCCAGACUCUCCAUCGCCACAUGAUUGUGUGAAUGAUGUACUGUAUGCUAGAUACAAAUGUUAUAUUUGUGUAUAUUAAUAUAAUUAACUGUGUUAUUUAUAAAUCACGUCAAUAAUCAGUGUUUUGACGUAAAAUGUCUCUUGUCAUAGACCUUAAAGUGUGUCGUGUGUAAUUUAUUUAAAUAUUCAGAUACAUUUUCUUAUCUCAGCUUGCAGGCAGGAGACUAUUACCCUGAAACGAGAGCAGCGUGAUUUUGCUAAGAGAUCCUGAAUCUUGUUGGUCCUGACACAACAUUUCUUUCAAAGAAAUGCUGCCCCAACCCUAAAAUUGGGAGAAAAUUAUAGGUUUAUAAGGAUACUAAAUAAACAUAUGGUGUAUACUUAUGCCUUCAGUU